CUGGCUCGGUCGGUUGCGGUUACCUCACUCUGCUGCGCAGCUAUUGGUUCAGCAGGCGCACACUCCGACUUUUUGCUAUACGAGUGAUAUUGGGCUGCGGUGACGUAAGCGAACGGGCGCGCAGAAAUUUUCCAGACGCGGACAGAGAAGCGAGAUCGUGUAGACCCGAAACGGUCCAACCGAGAAAAAAAGGAGAGAGAGAGAGAGAGAGAGAGAGAGACGCAUACAAUCAAGCAUACCAAGUAGCCGUUUGCGAGGCACUCGGUUGCAUCUCGCGCUCAGUAUCGGACCCAGUGGAGCUGUUCAGCGUUUAUCGGUAGUGUCACCGAACAGUCCCCACGCUCACGGAACCGCUGACCCAUGUGAUACUGCAGCGUUGCGAGCGCGGAAGGGAGGGGGGCGAGAGACACAUUUUUCCCCCUGCAUCUCCACUCGAUAGACUGGAGAAGCAGGUGCACACUUGGGAGAGGGAGAGAGGGAGAGAGAGAGAGAGCGCUGGAGGGGGGGCGGGGUAGAGUCGCGCGCGUGGAUCUCUCACCGUCGCAGUCCUCCGCGAGGAUGUUUCCAACAGCUAGACUCCUGCCGCGCGCGCGCUGCCGUCAAUGUAACGGAAUCACAUGUGCCCCUGUGAUCUAACGGUGGUUCUGAUCUCUUUCUCUGGGUUCGGAUGGUCCGCGCGCUCCAUACACAAUUCAACCGGGAAAUCAACGCACACCAGCCAUGGCGCUGGUCAUGGAACCCAUCAGCAAAUGGUCCCCAAAGCAGGUGCUGGACUGGAUGAAAGGGUUGGAUGACUGUUUGCUGCAGUAUAUGAGGACAUUUGAGAGAGAGCAGAUAACCGGAGAGCAGCUGCUUCACAUCACCCAUCAGGAGCUGGAAGAGCUUGGCGUGACCCGCAUUGGACACCAGGAGCUCAUUCUGGAGGCUGUGGACUUACUAUGCGCUCUGAACUAUGGCCUAGAGACAGAGAAUUUGCGGACUUUGUCACACAAACUCAAUGCAUCCGCUAAGAAUCUGCAGAACUUCAUCACGGGGCGGCGCCGCGGUGGCCAUUAUGACGGACGAGUCUCACGACGCCUUCCAAAUGAUUUCCUGACUUCAGUUGUUGACCUCAUUGGAGCAGCUAAAAAUCUACUGGCGUGGCUGGACAGAUCUCCAUUUGUCAGUGUUUCUGAGUACUCAGUGCUGAAGAACAACAUUGUUCAGCUCUGUCUAGAGCUAACCACUAUAGUACAGCAGGAUUGCACAGUGUAUGAAACUGAGAAUAAGAUUCUACAUGUGUGUAAGACUCUAUCAGGUAUCUGUGAGCACAUUAUUUCAUUGUCGUCCGAUUCAUUGGUGUCACAGUCUGCUCACCUCGAGGUCGUCCAUCUGACUAACGUUAUGCCUAGCGAGGGCCUGGGCAUGUACAUCAAGUCCACAUAUGAUGGUCUUCACGUGAUCACUGGAACUACAGAGAAUUCUCCCGCAGAUCAGUGUAAGAAGAUCCAUGCCGGUGAUGAGGUCAUUCAGGUCAAUCACCAAACAGUGGUUGGCUGGCAGUUGAAGAAUUUGGUCAACUGUCUCCGUGAGGAUCCAAGUGGGGUCAUCCUCACGCUGAAGAAGAGGCCGCAGAACACUCUUGGCUCCACCCCUGCACUGCUGAAGAACGCCCGCUGGAAACCACUUGCCCUGCAGCCGCUGUCCACCAGUCCGUGCAGUGGUUCCCCUACCCCACCCAGCACACUUGGGUCGGUUGGACUUUCACCUGGAGUGGACACACCUGGGGGACAUGAUGUUUUCAUUCUUUCCCCUGUCUAUGGACACAGAGAGGAAGAUCUGGAUCGGGGUGGGUUUGGUGUGUUUGGCUCGGAUUCUCCAGGGUAUUAUGUAGAACAGGAGGUAUUGGGGGGGCAGUACUUCCCCCUUCUGGAAGAGGAUUCCGGGAGAAACACCGGACUGCGACGCAGAGACCGGACUCCAACUCACAGUGACCUCAGACAGGUUUCCAUGGGAACUGAAUGGCUGGCAGAGCCUCAAGAAUCUGGAGUUUACAAAAGAGGAAGUAGAGAUUCUGAUUCCUCCCUCUUGCGGUUCCUCAGUGAUGACAGGAUUGUUUUGAUUCAGGAAGAGGCAGACUUUUCCCAGCGGGACACAAGCAGGCGAUCCAGGAAGAAGAGCCGGAAUCCCAGCAGUCCCAGUUUUCCCAUCAGUCCCUCUAUGCUUGCCCCACCUGUGCGUCUGGAUACAGGCCCCCCCGAGGGGCUGCCCUUCCCCGUGCCUGACUCAAACACGAUGCCACACUACCAUAGAGCUGCAGACACACUUCGAGCAGAUGCUGAUAGAUAUGCCAGUUCAGGACUUGACCGACAAGCAGGCGCAUCAAUGAGGAAGUCUGUACAUUAUGCCUCUUUGAGGACCAAGCCCAAGAAGAAAAGCAAAGGUUCCCUCAGUAGUGCCAGCAGAAGGCGUAUUGCCUGCAAAGAUCUGGGUCAUGGUGACUGUGAAGGUUGGCUAUGGAAAAAGAAAGACGCCACUGGCUACUUCACGCAGAAAUGGAAGAAGUACUGGUUUGUCCUUAAAGACUCCAACCUGUACUGGUACACCAACCAGAACGAUGAAAAAGCAGAGGGCUUCAUCAGUUUGCCAGAGUUUCGGAUAGACAGAGCGAUUGAGUGCAGGAGGAAACAUGCCUUUAAAGCAUGUCAUCCCAAAAUUAAGAGUUUCUUUUUUGCUACAGAUCAUUUAGAGGAGAUGAAUAGGUGGAUGAAUCGUUUAGGCUUGGCUGCGAUUGGCUACACACCUGAUGAUCCGGUACCACGACCUGAUGAAGAUUAUUGGAGUGAGAGUGACCAGGAUGAAGUUGAUGGGUCUAUGACACUCAAACAGGACUCCACGUACCACCACAACCCCCCUGGAACUUCCUCCAGUCCAUUUCCUGAGCGUCAUUUUUCCAGCGGCUCCACAUUCUCGCACUCCUCUGCCGAGGAGUCCCAUUCUUCUUGCCGAUCGUCCCAUCGAGAACGCCGCUCAUGGCAGGACCUGAUUGAAACCCCCUUGACCAGCACAGGUCUACACUACCUGCAGACUGCAGAAGAGGAGGAGCCAUCCCUGCUGUCACCUGACCAGCACCGGCAGGCCACGCUCCCCGCCCAGCGCCGCCGACCUCUGGAACGUGACGGGCCAUUUCCAUUGACUGACAGCGAGGAGUCCCGGCCCCGCCAUCACACUCACAAGCAGCGCAGCCAGAGCCUCCCGCGCCACCGCGACACACAUGGAGGACACUCGCACCGCAGCACUCGUACACACGCUCACGUGCACACGCACGGCACUCUAAGGCCAAGAACUCAUCUCCAUGAGGAAGAGGAGGAGGAAGAGGAAGAAAAGCAGGUGAGGAAAGGCAGCAGCAGGAGGCCUGAAAGCGACGAGAAAGUGUCUGAUGGCACGGAUGGCCUGCAGGAGUUGUACCGAUCGCUGGAGCAGGCCAGUCUCUCGGCUUUCGGCCAGCAGAGGCCUUCCACUAAACAAGAGUUCAGACGCUCCUUCAUCAAACGCAGCAAUGACCCCGCCACAAAUGACCGACUGCACCGCAUACGGGUUCUCCGCUCCACGCUGAAGGCAAAGGAGGGUGACUUGGCCAUAAUCAGUCAGGUGCUAGACGAUCCUUGUUUGACCUCGAGGAAGUUUCGUGAAUGGAAGCAACGUAACCACGAGCUCUUCCUGGAUAUCUGUGAGUUCAGCUCUGCCCCAUUGGAACCGCCCAGCGAUUCCAACGACCUUUCACCUCUCUCGCCAACGCUGAUGAUGCACACUCACUCUUUCAUAGAAACGCACGUGUGAAACACUGUCACGCACCCGCACGACUAACAGUCACAUGCUGAAAAUACAGACAUAAAGGUAUAUGAAUAACCUGAGUUGUGCGUUUCAAACCCACACACACACACACACACACUUUGAAAAACACUGUGGAUCCAGACUGUCUUCACUUUUUCCUUGACGGAUGACCUGAUACUGCCCUCCUCCCGAUCGUGAGUGACACCAGAUCAAACCAAUACACUGUAAGAUCAAUGUCAAAGAAAUGACCCAGCCUCCAGAACUACUGCAGACAGACACGCAGGCACUGACACCGGAAGGUGACUCAAACUGCUCAUCAUGGAGGUGAAAGUGUUACCUGCACAUCUACAGCUCAUUGCAAACUCUGUACAAUAGAUUUCAUCACGGCCACAGUUUGAGACAGAUGGAAGAAAGGCCCUGUGAGGUGCCCGCUGCAUGCCUGAAGAAUCAUCUUUUCAGAUUAAUUGACCACCAGUUGAACAAAAUAGGACCGUAUAUAAAAACGAAUCUCUUAUUUUUGUCUCUGAUUGGAGUAAAAAAAACAAAUCUUUUUUUAUAUCUUCUGAAGAUUUUGUUCACUUGUUUAUUUGAUUUUUUUUCCUUCCCUCGGAAUGCUGCAGGAAGAGCACUCAUGUAGCCAUGGGCAACAGGCUUCACUCUGUUACCAAGCAACACCGCCCUACUGUGUUACUCUAUACAACUCUCGAAGCAAGCAAGAGUGUUGGAAAGUGUGUGUGUGUGUGCGCGUAUGUCUGUGUGUGUGUGUGUAAUAGAGAAAUGAGAGAAAUAAAGCGAGUCAGAUGGAUGCAGAACAGUCUCUUUUUGAGAGUUUGAUGACAUUUGUGUUCGUAUAUGGGAAAAGAUGAACUCCUGGCAGGUAGUAACGUGUUUAAUUUGGCUUCUUUAGAAUAUUUAUAUUAUAGCUAAACUCAUGCAUGGUUUAAAAAAGUAUUACUAUAUGCUAUCAGGCCAGAGAACAGUCUGUAUAUAAGAACAUAUUAUUUGCAUAGCUGCAUCCUCUGUUUAAAACUGUGAAUUGUACUCGUGAAUGCAAUCUUUUGACUCUGCAAACGCAGGACCUUUCUACUCUCUAUUUUUUUCUACAAAAAAAGACAACAAAAGAUGAAAAGCUUUGCUUCUCUGAUGUUAUGACUGUUUUUGCUUGUUUCCGGGUCUUUGCUGGUCAUUACCUCUGAGCUAUGGGCUACAUUCAGGUUGUUAGUUUCUGUUUGCUAAUGUACGUGUCCCUUAGACAGACUCCACUAGCCUAAAGUGAACAUUUUAUUCCCUUUUGCAAUUCUGGACGUCAGUGGCUCAGGAUUCUAGAAUUGGAUAAAGUAAAAUGGGAGAGAAUUUGAGGUUAAAAUACAAAGAAAUCAAUUGGUUCAUUCCCGGCUGUGGAGUGCAAAAUGUACCCCUGCUAAAUGUUGUGUGUGUGUGUGUGUGUGUGUGUGUGUGUGUGUGUGUGUGUGUGUGUGUGUGUGUGUGUGUGUGUGUGUGUGUGUGUGUGUGUGUGUGUGUGUAUAUGUGUGUGUGUGUGUCUUCUCAUUUUUUCCACAUUAAAAAGUCAUCGAGACACAUUUGUUUUUUUAAUGCAGCCCUGCAUAUGUGCUCAGUGUUACAGUUAUGUUUGAUUGUCACUUUUUAGAAUCUGGUGGGAUGUAUUUUAAUUGAAUAGAAUGUACUUAUUCAAUGGCUUGUUAAUUGUAAAUUUCAUUGGAACAAACGCACACACACUACCCACACAGACUUUCAUGUCCGUGGUCGAUGCUUUCUUACCAAAGCGAGUCUCAAAAUCACAUCUGCCCGUUACUGUUACCGUUUUAAUGAUUCUUUUUACGUACAAUGUUAGUUACACUUUACUGUGUUUCAUCUCAUGGCGUGUGUGUGUUUGUAUGUAUGUGAGUGUGUGAGUGUUAUCCAGGCCAUCGGGGUUUCACUGUGGUUUUAAGGGCAUGUCCCCCCCCUCUCCCCCCCACACGGCUAUGCUGUAUAAGGUGUAAGUUGCACUGCAACAUUGAGACGGAACAUAUUGCUCUUUUUUCAAGGUUUUCUUUCAAAAAUUUCCCCUUCUGUAUAUUAAAACACCAGGAAGAGCCUGAUAUUUAUUCACAGUAUUAUUCAAAGCUAACCCUCUUUGCUUUCAGAAAUAUAAAUACAUAUAUAAAUAUAUAUAAUACAGAUUGUAAAAUGUUAAACUAAUAAACUGAGUUCUCUGCACUCUGCAUUUGUGUGUUGUGUGAUGCUUCCAAUGUCCAGGGAAAUCACAAGCUGAAAUGCAUCUGUAUGUCCCUCAAUUCUGCUGUACAUCCACCGACAUGCAAUACCAAUUUCACUUGGUUUAUCAAAGAAACGAUCAGUCUUGUCAACCGCAAGAAUCUUACCACCUAACCAACAUCAUAUAGAUUUUAGUAUAGAUUAUCUGUACAUUCUUAUUUAAUUUAAUUGAAAUAAACUUUUGUUCUCCCACUUCUAAAAUCAAAAUGUAUCACUUGAUUACUUGUCUCUGCACAUUAAACUGCAAUGGGGGACAAAUUAUAGGCAUACAUUUGAAGUGUGCAGCCUAUUUCUUCAAAUAACCCAAUUUGGCCAUAAGACAGGUUUUUUCAUUUACCAAGCCAAUUGAAGCUUGGUUUGCAUUAAUAAUAAAAACAAUAAUAAUAAAAUCAAUAGUAAAUAUAGCUUCAAGCAGCUAUGAUGGGCCCAAGCUCGGUCUCACCAUAGGCAUUUAAAACAUAAAACAGUUGGUGUCCAUGUGAUCACAAGCCACAACAGCCACAUCCAUGAGAUAAUUUACAUUUAGGUGAAUUGUGUCAUAGAAUGUUAUAGGUCAAUUUCAAAUGAGUGCAGAAUAUCAUCCUAAUUUGCCAUGUCUGUGUUUUUCCUCAGACAACCUCUAUAAAAAUUCCAGAGCAAAUGACACACAAUUCAACAGUACUCUGAGAAAUGUAAUCCAGUCUUAAUGCGAAUGUCUGUGAUUGCUGAUGUUGUGUUAUCCUAACACUUCUCUUCAUGUGUUUUUUGACCUCCUUUAACUGUCAUUUGUGCAAUAAUCUUAUGCACCAAAGCAUGCUUUCAUUUAAUUUCAAUAUUUGUUAUAUACGAUGAAAAAAUAAAAUUAUAAUAGAGCCAAAUCACAGAACCUGCAAAGACGAUUUUAAUAUCAGUCUCAGGUAAUAGUAAGGGACAAGUCUAGAUUUUUCUGCUCACUUAUGCAAGUUUAUUUUAAACAGCCACUUUUAUAAAAUCAUGUGAAAUUUACUUAAAUAUGGAUUUUUAAUGAAAUUUGAAUUAUAUCAAUAAAUAAUUAAUUUAAAGACAUGCGUAACGCCCAUGUCUAGAAAACACACACUCUCUGUAAAAAAAUAAAAAAAUAAAAAAUGUGUUCGUCUUGUAUGAAUCAGUACAUGAAAUCACAGGUGUGUCGGGUAAUAAUAAUUGUAACUCAAACAACAUUUUAAAACUAGUCUUGUUCGAAUAGUGAUAUAGUGUCAUGGUUCAAUUUCAAAGUAUGAAGUUAUCAUUUGCAGUUCAAAUUUUUUAUCAAUAAAUGGGUAAUCAGUAAAAGGGUUAAAAGACCACUAAUCAACACUGUAAAACACACACACACACACACACACACACACACACACACACACACACACACACACACACACACAGAAAGAGUGAGACUGAGGGAGUGAGGGGGGAGGACAGAGAGAAGGAGAGAGAGUGUGAAAAAUCUGACUUCCUGUUGGUCGGAGCUAAUAACUGUAAAUUAGAAAGUUGUCCAGCUUAAUGAGAUCAAUAUGUGUGCCAAGUUUGGUGACUGUAGGUUAAACUAACCCCCCACUUUUGUCAAAAGGUGGCACUAUAGAGGCUCUCCUCCCCACCCAUUUCUAAGGAUUUGUCCAAUCCUGACAUGCAUGUCGAGUUUCACGCAAUUUGAAGCAUGCUAAGAGUCUCAAAAGCAUCCAAAACAAAUACUAAAGUUCGAUCUGUUGUUAUGGCAACAAUGUUGGAAAAAUAUCAAAAAUCUUUUCACAGGUCUACAUUUGCCAUGUCUUGACAUUACUAUGAUGAAGUUUGAGAUAAGAGGUUGAUCUCAAAGCAUUUUGAAAGUGACACAAUUCCUGUUGCUGGUUUGUGGCACUAUAACUUUGACUCACAAUAGUCACAUCCAUGUGAACACACAGCGCCUACAACAAACACAAAGCUGAAGUUUCAUAAAAAUCAAUCAAUGUAUGCAGAUGUUAUAACACACUUCCUGUUUCCCUUAUCUCGCCAUAAAUUCGUUGCCUCGCCAUGGGCAAACCGUUUGAGAUAUUAAAAAUCCACUCGCAAAUUGGCAUCCUUGAUGUCUUGACUUCAAGCUGACCGAGUUUGGUGGUGGUCCUAAGAGGAAUAUAUCAAAUUCCAGAGCAUGCGUUUUUCAAACAACCCAUAAUAGCUGACUUCCUGUUGAGCCAGCGUAUAACUUAGAGCAUGAAAGUUGUUAGGCCCCAUGAGAUUUAUACAUGUACCGAGUUGAAAUACAGACCAAGUUUUCAGACUCCAUUCAAGGGGCCGCCAUAGAGCCCCUGUGCCACGCUCGGGCCCCAGCCUCUGCAGAGUUUUUAAGCAUGUUAAGGUCCCCAAAAAUCCCUGGAUGGUUGAAAAAAAUUAUAAUUCUCCUUAGAAAAACAACAGGGCCCUGCGCCUUAGUGGCCUUAAUAAUAGUAAUAAUUAAUAUGAGAAGCCCUUCAGGAAUAUUCUCUCGCGUUUUGAGGGCUUUCAUGACUCCUCCUGCUUUCCGUAGUGAGACUGAAGGGGGCGGGACCGGCAUGGCGGCCAAGAUUCUGAAGUAUGCAGCGCUUCCUGCUGCUGUGGUGGGUUUGGGCUCCGUCAGAAUUUAUUCAAUGAAUGA